UACAAAUACUUCGUUACUGUACUUAAGUAUAUUUUUCACAUAUCUGCACUUUUUUUUUUUAAAUCAAAAUCUGUUUAUUGAUGGAUUUUCAAUAUAUAUAUAUAAGUGCAAUGCUGAAUGGACAUUACGAAGAGGUAAACAUGAGUGCAACAAUCAACACCAAUGUGUCCAGACAGACAUGAAUUGGGCAAUAUAACUUCAGGAAAAGAAAACACAAGGUAACAACAGAAAAAGAGAAACAGAAAAAAAAACAAAUGCAACGUUAUACAGAAAAGAAAGAUACAUUUUCCACUUGAUUGCUUAAGCGAGUAUCUAACCUUCUCCAAUUUUAAGCACGACAGGAUUUCUUCUAGCCAUUGUGCGUGAGUGGGGGAGGAGGCAUCCCUCCAUCUGAGCAGGAUCAGUCGCCUAGCUAGCAGGGAGACAAAGGAUAUAGUACGUCGUUUUUCUAUUGACAACUCGAUCUCCGCCUCCAUGAGCCCAAAAAGAGCAAUCAACGGGCUUGGUUCCAAUCUGAGGCCUAACACCCGAGAGAGUGUAUGGAAAAUUUCUCUCCAGUAGUUGGUACGGCUCGAACAGGACCAGUACAUGUGGAUGAGUGAAGCUUCAGCAAAACCACAUUUGAUACAAUGUGGGCUAAUAUCAGGGUACAUAGAUGAUAGUUUUGCUUUGGAGAUAAGAGCCCUGUGCACCACUUUGAACUGAAUUAAACUGUGACGUGCACAGAGGGAGGUCGAGUUAACCAGUUUAAGUAUGGAAGUCCAAGUGUCCUCUGAUAGAGAGAGACCCAAGUCUUCCUCCCAUGCUGUUCUAAGCCGACCUGUGGAGGCACGCCCAAGAUCCAAAAACAUGCUAUACAGAGCUGAAAUUAACUUUCUUUUAAGUGGAUUUACAGAAAGGACUCUAUCAACAGUGGUCAAGUCUGUUGAUAUUAAAGAGCCAGGUAAGUGAGAAACAACAAAAUGCCUUGCUUGAAGAUAUUUGAAAAAAUUUGACUUGGGAAGACUGAAUUUUUCACUUCAGCUGCUCAAAAGAUGCCAGGCUGUUGCCUAUGAACAGGUCUUUAAAGCGCAUGAUACCCCUCCAGAGCCCUCGUCAACGGAGCACAAAUCACAUGGUGAAGUUUGCGGACGACACAACUCAGGUGGGUCUCAUCACCAAGAACGAUGAGACCCACUACAGGAAGGAGAUCAACCUCUUGACCACCUGGUGCAGAGACCACAACCUCCUGCUGAAUGUCAGCAAGACAAAGGAGAUGGUGGUCGACUUCAGGAAAAGCCUCACUGAGCACCCCCCACUCACCAUCGAUGGUGCUGCUGUGGAGCGAGUGAGCAGCACCAAAUUCCUGGGGGUACACAUCAGCGAGGACCUCUCCUGGGCCACCAACUCUGCAUCACUGGUGAAGAAAGCCCAGCGACGCCUCUACUUCCUCCGCAAACUCAAGAAAGCGAGAGCUCCCAUACCCAUCCUGAAAACAUUCUACCAGGGCACCAUUGAAAGCAUCCUGUCCAGCUGCAUCACUGUGUGGGGCAGUAGCUGCACUGCACACAGCAGGAAGAGACUGCAACGCAUAUUCAACACAGCUGGUAAGAUCAUUGGUGCCCCACUCCCUUCCGUGCAAGACACUUACACCACCCGCCUCACCCGGAAAGCCACCUCGAUCGUGAGUGACACCAGCCACCCCGCACACGGUCUGUUCAGCCUCCUACCCUCUGGAAAAAGGUACGGGAGCCUCCGUUGCCGCACCACCUGACUCGGAAAUAGUUUCAUACACCAAGCUGUCAGGAAGCUAAAUUCUCUCCCCUCACUCCCCCCAGCCAUAUCCUCUAGUCCAGGGGUAGGCAACCUUUACUAUCGAAAGAGCCAUUUCGCCCCCUCUUCCCCCAAAUUAAAUCUGUCUGGAGCCGCACAACAUAUUUGAUAACACAGGUUAUAAAGUUAUAUAUAUAUAUAUAUAGUUAUACAAUAUAUAUAACAACUAUAGUUUGUUGCAUUUAUUAAAUAAUAGAACGACAAUAAAAAAAACUGUUGACAUUUAACUGCUAUUUUUACCUGUUACAAAAUCACCAAACUCUUUGGAGAACAGAAUACAUGUGUGGGCCUACUUUGGAAUAAAUUAAACACAGAACUCAGCUUUUUUUGCUCAGCUCCAGCUUGGUACUUUUCAGCAGAUGCUGUGUGCUUGCUCUGGAAAUAUCUUACAACAUUACGUUUCUUAUUGUUUGCUAAUUCCUCGCCACAUAUCAAACAUACAUAUAGUAAGACAGCAUUGGUGGCAGUGAAAGCAAAGUAAUCUGUCCACGAAGAAUUAAACUCUAUUUUCCUCCCAGACUUUUCUUUGCUGGGAUUUAGCCAUGAUUAGUUUACCGAGGCCGGGGGUCGGAACUAUAGAUUAGCGACCUGCAGGGAAGAGCGCCGGGAUGUAAUAGGAUGUGACGCAUAUUUUAGAUGCUGAAAUAUUAAAACAAAACAUGAGAGCAAGUCAGACUGGAGGCCGACACAGAAACUGCAGAUCGGUACAAACCACCUGCAGCUUCUGCUCUGAUCAAGAAGCUUAGGCGCUGAUCACUGAUCAGCUGAGACCAGAGAAACUCGUUGUUUUCCACUGUUGAGAAGCAGUCGGUCAGUCACUCUCAAUGGAGCAGCCGGUCAGUCACUCUCAAUGUGUCUCUCUGAGCGAGUGAGCGGGGGCUCAGGUUGCCGACCGCUGCUCUAGUCUGACUGGAGGCUUAAAUCCCCCCCAAAAAACUAAAAACACUCAGGACUCUGCAACAAACUGUCUCUUGUACUUCUUGUACUGUUUGCACUUUAUCACUUAAAUCACUACGUUUACACUUUUAAAGAACCUUCUGCUGCUGUACUUAAAAAAUUCUGUAUGUUUACUUAGUAUUAGGAAAUGUCUUGUGUCUUCUGUUGUGCCUGUGCACUUUAUAUGUCUCACUGUGGGAGAGUGGGAAACGUAUCGAUUCCUUGUAUGUUCUGAACAUGUUAAGAAAUUGACAAUAAAGCUACUUUAACUUUAA